CAAAGCCAUCGCUAACGACAGCUUCUCUUUGCACAACAUACAUACCCUUUCGCCAUGUCCGGCCUUCCGCGACCUGGCGCGCCGCCGACAAAGCGCACAACCACAUCAAUGCGUCCUCCCUCAAUGCGACCGACUUCUAGUCUUGCGCGAGGCCGUUCCGCUACGCCUGCGCACAACGGCCGCUCUUCUCGAGAAGAAUCAGUAGCUUCCACAAGGACACGGGCCUCACCGCCGUCCGGAAUCAAGCGGAAGCAGCGGGAAUAUGAGCAUGACGGCGAGGAGACCAACAUCAAUGUUGUCGUCCGAUGUCGCGGCCGCAACGACCGAGAAGUCAAGGAAAACAGCGGCGUUGUUGUUUCCACCGAUGGAAUCAAAGGGACGACGGUGCAGCUCUCCAUGGGUCCCAAUGCGCUGAGCAACAAGACCUAUCAGUUCGACAAGGUCUUUUCGCCGGCCGCAGACCAGAACAUGGUCUUUGACGAAGUGGUGUCUCCCAUCUUGGACGAGGUCCUCGGUGGCUUCAACUGCACCAUAUUCGCCUACGGCCAGACCGGUACCGGGAAGACAUAUACCAUGUCCGGCGACAUCUCCAAAAUUCUCCCUCUCCCAGAUGCCGCAGGUAUCAUCCCGCGCGUUCUGGAUGACCUUUUCAAGAAACUCGAGACGGAAGAGACCGAAAACUCUGUCAAAUGCUCGUUCAUAGAGCUGUACAACGAAGAGCUACGGGACCUGUUGUCUGCCGAUGACACAGCCAAGCUAAAGAUCUUUGACGACAAUAACAAGAAAGGCCACAGCACUACGCUGGUCCAGGGUAUGGAGGAAUGCCAUUUGAAGAGCGCCACACAAGGCAUAGAGCUGCUGCGCACGGGCAGCCACAGGCGCCAGGUCGCUGCGACCAAGUGCAACGACCUCAGCUCUCGUAGUCAUACCGUGUUCACAAUCACAGUCUACAUGAAGCGAACGACAGAAGAUGGGCUGGAAUACUUGAGAGCCGGAAAGCUUAACCUUGUCGAUCUCGCGGGAAGUGAGAAUAUCCAACGCAGCGGUGCCGAAAACAAGCGCGCUGCUGAGGCCGGACUUAUCAACAAGAGCUUGCUGACCCUCGGUCGCGUUAUCAACGCGCUCGUGGAACGAAGCUUGCACAUCCCAUAUCGCGAAUCGAAACUGACUCGGCUGCUACAAGACUCCUUGGGUGGUCGGACGAAGACAUGCAUCAUUGCCACGUUGUCACCAGCGAAGAGCAACCUGGAGGAGACGAUUUCCACAUUAGAUUACGCUUUCCGCGCAAAGAACAUCCGCAACAAGCCUCAGAUGAACCAGCUCAUGUCCAAGAAGACUCUACUGAGAGAGUUCACCGCGGAGAUUGAAAAGCUCAAGAGCGAGUUGAUCGCGACACGGCAGCGAAACGGCGUGUAUCUCACCCAAGAGAAUUACGAGGAGAUCACCACCGUCAGCGAGUCCAGGCGGAUCCUUAGUGAGGAACAGCGCGACAAGAUCGAGACGAUGGAAGUCAAUCUCCGUAAUAAGGUCGAGGAGCUUUUCAACUUGACUACCAACUUCCAGAACCUCAAGAAAGACAACGAGCAGACCAGGCUCAACCUAGAGGGUACCAAGAGCAUCCUAGAGAAGACCGAAAUCGUGUUGGCAAAUACGCGCCAGAACCUUGCCGAAGAAACGGAGUUGCGGAAGGCUCACGAGAAGACUGAGGGUGAACUCGCCGGCAUUGGAUACAACAUGAUCUCUACGCUUGGGAAGACCACUUCGGACAUUGAUGGCCUGAGAUCGAAGAUUCGCCGCAAGUCGGACCUCCAGUCACAAAAUCGGCAGCAUUGGGUAGCGUCACAAGCCCAAGUCUCAGACACGACCCAUCUCGUUGAGACCCGAAUAGAGCAAUUCCAGGCUCAACAGGAGCAAAUGAUGAGUAGUCUUUCCACGCGAAUGCAGGCUUUCGUUACGGAUGAACUUGAUAAGCUUGGCGCUUCCCAGACUUUCUUACAAGGGAAGAUGAAAGCUUUCGAGACCUCAGAGCAGGAAGUCAACGCCCAAACUGCCAAGGCUCGCGACGAUAUGAACGACGUUUUAGAGGAGAUAAAAUCCUUGAGGGAUGAUGUGAAGCAGAAAGUUGGAGCGGGGCUGAAUGAACUCUCUGCUGCUGCUGAGAAGAUUUCAGCCAAUAUAAUCACCGAGUUGGACGCUUUCCACACUCAGCUUCAUUCCUCAUAUGCGUCCCUUGGGCGGGAGUUCAAGAACACAUUUGACGAGCUUGUCAAGAAUCUCAACGAGCAACAGGCCGAGAAUGAGCGUCUGCAUCAGCAGGUGCUCGAUGCCAAUGGAGCGCUUGUUCAAGCCAACAAAACGUCGCAGGGUCGACUCAUCCAGGUCGUUGACGAGGAGAAGCAGAAGUCAGCAGAGGAGCGCCAGCAGCUUCUGGCACAAAUCACUUCGCUCAUCAACUCGACCGCUGAAGCCCAGGACAAGAGGAUGAACGAGAAAGUGUCAAGCGUUUGCAAGGAGAUUGGUGUUGCGAACGCGGCAUUCGAGACCAAGCAGGGCACCUAUAACGACGGUAUCAACGCUUGGUCGGACAGAUCCACCGAGAUUUUGGCAGGCAUUUCGAAGUCUCGCGAUGGUGUCAAGUCAAGGAUCAAAUCAGACUUCGCAGCUGCGACUCAACAUUCUACUUCGAUCAAGAACACUACAACAUCUGUGCAUGCUACUACAGUCAAUAUUGUGGAAGCGCAGAUGGAGCAAAUGGAUAUGCAGCUACGCUCCCUCGAUGAUAUUAUGUCUCGCGUCCGCGCCCAGAACGAUGCCCACCACACAGCUCAUACAUCCUCGCUGAGCGCCCUUUCGUCCACAGUUCAAUCCUCCUACUCAAGUAUUGGCGACCACUUAUCGACAUCCUUUGCUCGCGUGCAGUCGCUUGAAUCCGAUGUGUCCGCCCAGACAACCGCCCUCAAGGAGACUCUUCCCGCUCUUGCAGAAGACGCGUCUAUUCGUGCCCCUCUCCACGAGCUUCGCGAGGCGAUUGGAAGUCAGAAUCUGAUCGAGUACAACCCAACAGGGGAGACACCUCAGCGCGUUGCCUACACCAUUCCAGAAAAGCUCCCACGGACUGAGGCUCAUGAAGCUGUUCUCCCGCGCUUCCGCGACCGCCCGGCGUCCUCAGAUGCAACCCGCAGCCCCUCCAAAGGUCUCGUCUUCAACGACGCUACGCAAACCACCUCGACGCUCGACGACUUUUUCUCCUCCACCAUAGGCAAACCCAACUUCUCCCGCUCAAUGAGCGCGCAUGCUACCUCUACCAUCCCUCUCGGUGCCUCUCUCCGCGAGCUAGACGUUAAUGUCGUCUCUCAGGAGAACCACACCCAGCCUCUGCCCAUCGUCUCCCGGUCCGACACCAUGGUCAUGGCUGGACCGCCGCUUAAGAAGCAGCGUGGCGAAGACGGGUCGAAGUUGCCGAUGAAGAAGAUGGGACGGAAAACGGUGGGUGGUGAGGGUAAAGCCGACAGAGAGAACUUGACUAUUACGAGCUUCAGUUCGAGCAUCGGGCCCGGGGUCUCUGGAGGGAGGAAACUGAGGAGCCAUGGGAGUAAUUAGGUUGGGUGGUGUUGCGUGCAUGACGUUGUGCUAAUGUACAUUAGGCGGCAAUGUCCUGUAUGAUUACCUGGUCGGGCGGUUCGGUGCGGGAAAGGAGAAUAUGAAUGGCGUUGGGCGUUGACGGAGGGAGUAGACAGCGCCAUAUUUCCCCGGUCUAUAGGAGUGUUGGACUGCUUGGGCGUUUUAGGAUAUCACAGGCUUGAUCAGGGCUAUGAGGUGUAAUCGACGGGUUUUCUUGUUCUUCCAACUCUGCUUGUGUGCAAUGCUCUAUUCUGACUAUGCUAAGGGAGUCGUGAUUUGCUUCUAGGUACUAUCGAAAGACUAAAGCCUCCAGG